UAGCUAAAAGACCCACAUGGAUGGAUCCUUAAAUAUCAUCACCAUACACAAGAGAUCACACCGACUGUGCGAAGAAGAAAAGAAAAGCUUCAAAUAAGGUAUAGGAUGGGAGUGGUGAUAAUCGACGGAACAACGGUGAAGGACUUCGUGAGCGACGAGGUGCUGUUCAAGAAGAGCGUGGACGAGCGUUUUGCUGCUCUAGAUCUCAACAACGAUGGCGUUCUGUCCCGGUCGGAGCUGCGGAAAGCGUUCGAGUCGAUGAGAUUGAUCGAGACCCACUUCGGCAUGGACGUGGCCACCUCGCCGGAUGAGCUGACGCAGCUCUACGAUUCCAUAUUCGAUAAGUUCGACUGCGACCAGAGCGGGACGGUGGAUCUGGACGAGUUCAGGGAGGAGAUGAAGAAGAUUAUGCUGGCCAUAGCCGACGGGCUUGGUUCUUGCCCUAUUCAGAUGGCUCUCGAGGACGGCGAUCAGAGCUUUCUCAAACAGGCUGCAGAUCUUGAGGCUUCCAAGACCUCCUAGCUGCCUGCUGCCUGCUCCCUGCUCAUGCCUUCCUUCACUUCACUUUUUUUUGUUUUUUGUUUGUUUUGAAAACUAAACUUCACUUCACUUCACUUCUUGCGACUUCUUUUCUUGUGUUUUUGUUUUUCUCUUUAUGGAAGGAAUGGAGGUAUAUAAGCUUAUGUUUUGUACCAAAUGCAAUAUGUUAUUAUCUUUUAAUUUGAUAAAUAAGAUGUAUGUUAAAGGAAAAAAGAGCCGAUGGGAGUAGGAA